AGGUCACUAUCAUGGCGGCGUGAACAAAGCUUGUUGCAAGUUUUCUUGUCAUUUAUUUGAAUUUCUAUAAAUUGUGAGGUUUUUCUCAUUGGUAAUUAGGAGACCAUGGGGCUUCUGUCAGAUCCGAAGUCCAGGGAGCGGUUCAGCAGGAUAGCGGCCAAAUAUAACAGCCCGUUAUGUUUCCUAGCCUACGUGGUCGGUGUUGUGUGGUUCCUGGCAUUAGCCUACAAACCCUUCAACCACAAGACCUACUUCUCGGAGAACGCACUGCUGCCAGGCCUGGUGGAGGGCAAGUUCCGGACCGAGAACACGGCCAGCAGAAUCUCCCAGGCUAUGAAAGAGAUCAAGAAUGUCACCAGAGAUGGGCCUAUGCCAGUUGCCUGGGUAGUGAACCAGCUGCGAGACCUAGGCCUGGACACGUACACACAGGAGUACAUCCAGACUAUCCCUGUACCUUCAGCCAGCAAGUCUACAGAGCUGGGCAAGGACAUGUUUGUGACAUUGAACGGCACCAAUGUGUACGGCAUCCUCCGUGCCCCACGAGCGGCCAGUACGGAGGCCAUAGUCCUGUCUGCCCCCUAUAAACAUUACCUGACCAUGGAUCACAACAACCAUGCCUUCGGCCUCAUGGUCGCACUGGCUGCUCACUUCAGAAAAUCUAGUUAUUGGUCCAAAGACAUCAUCUUCCUGCUGGUGGACUAUGAUGAGAUUGGUAUGGAGGCCUGGCUUCAGGAGUACCACUACACCAAGUCGCCAUUGCUGAAAAGCUCACCCCUCCAUGGUCGCAGUGGGUCGAUCCAGGCAGCGAUCAACCUGGAGCUGAAUUCUGACCAGGUGUCGCACUUCAACAUCAAGCUGGAGGGUUUGAACGGUCUGCUGCCCAACCUGGACCUGGUCAACCUGGUCGUUCAACUGUGUAACAGGGAGAGGAUUCCUGUCAAGCUACACAAGCAGCACGACCCGUUCCCACCUGAAGGGUGGCCAGCCUUCCGACAGAACCUGAAGACCAUGAGCCUGAUGAUGCUCCACCAGGCCACAGGGAUGCCUAACGGCCUGCACGGGUUGUUUCUGCGCUACCACAUCGAGGCAGUGACUCUGGAGGGGGUCCUGGAGCCGGGACGCGCCACCACCGGCUUCUACAGGAUGGGCAGGGUGCUGGAGGGAGUUUUCCGAAGUCUGAACAACUUGCUGGAGCGUUUCCACCAGUCCUUCUUCUUCUAUCUGCUGCCAGCCUCUGACCGCUAUGUGUCCAUCGGGAUGUACAUGCCACCGUUUGGCCUGAUCCUGCUUGUUACAGCACUUAAAGCCAUUGCAUUAUGGAUCAGCAUAGGCACACCCGACCCAGACCCUUGGGAGGGUGGGGAGAAUGUAGAGAUUGAGCGCAUUCAAUCAGGGAAGACUGAAGAUGGCCAGGGAGACAACACGGUCUCUAGAAGAGGAGUAACAAAGAUAAGAACUCAAAAUUACUCUAACGGUGACGGCUGGUCGCUGGUGCCUGUGGUGGCGUGCUGUCAGGUAGCAGGGUUCAUCUCGUCCGUCAGCCCGAUGGUGAUGACUGGACUGGGACACCUGUUCAGCACCAAGCCCUACCAGGCCAUCAUCACGGGGGCCACUGGCAUGUUCUUUGCCAGCCUCUUCAUGCCCAUGUGCAUUACCAGGUACCGGCUGGCCUGUACUGUGAAUACAUUACGGUUGUGGAAGUGUGCAGCGCUUGUCCUGCAGGCCAUCAUACUGGCUGCCACAGCUGCAGCUAACUUCUCUCUGGGCAUGCUGAUGGCUGUUACCAUGGUACCCGUGUGUGCGAUGGUCAGACCAGGCAAGCUCAGGUUUCUACAGGCUGUACUGAUGUUACUUGUGUCACCCUUUGGCCUGCUGAUCGUGUACACAGGGCUGUACCUUCUCCUCACUGAAACAGAGUACCACGGCGUCUUCCCAUCCGCCAUCCAUCUCUGCACUGUUGUGUACUACAACAUCCUGAGUGGAGUUAUCCAUGGUUACGUGUUAGGCACGUGGCAGUACUCAUUACUAGCCCUGGCAGUUUUCCCCAACUGGUUGUUCUUCUGGUGCAUUGUAUUUAAAAAGAGGGAUGUGCCAGUGGUAGAAACUAAGGAGGAAAAGAAGAAAAGCUAGUCUUAGAGAUGGUAGAAAUACUCUUGAGUGCAGUGUUAUUUGUAUAUGCGAAUUGGAAUAUUUCAUUUACAGAA